UCAGCCCAGCAUUUCCGCCUGGGCCCAUGGCUGCCUACUCAUACCUCCCGGGGCCCGGGGCUGGCCCAGCUGGAGGCGCGGCGCUGCCGGACCAGAGCUUCUUGUGGAACGUUUUCCAGAGGGUUGAUAAAGACAGGAGCGGGGUGAUAUCGGGCAACGAGCUUCAGCAAGCACUCUCCAAUGGCACAUGGACUCCAUUUAAUCCAGUGACUGUCUGCUCCAUCAUAUCUAUGUUUGACCGAGAGAAUAAGGCUGGCGUGAACUUUAGUGAGUUCACUGGCGUCUGGAAGUACAUCACAGAUUGGCAGAAUGUCUUCCACACCUACGACAGGGACAACUCUGGGAUGAUCGACAAGAACGAGCUCAAGCAAGCACUCUCAGGUUUUGGGUACCGGCUCUCUGACCAGUUUCAUGACAUCCUCAUUCACAAGUUUGACAGACAAGGAUGGGGGAAGAUUGCAUUUGAUGACUUCAUCUAGGGCUGCAUUGUCUUGCAGAGGUUGACAGAUAAUUUCAGGCAUUACGAUAGG